GCUGAAUUUAAGAAUAAGGAGAAUCGCGGACAAGCUAGGAAUAUAACCGUUCAAGAGCAAAAGCAAACUAUUACAACAAAGAGACAGGUACAAAUGACUAAGAAUUCAGAGAAAUAUGUAAUAGUUAAGGAAACCAGGAGCCACACUCCUCUCAGAGAGGUCCAUACCAACAUCAAUGAGGAAGGAGAGUGCCUUAAUACUGCCUCUGGGAUAAGCUAUAUGACUGACAUUUCUUUCCAUGAGAUGGAAGGAGAGGAAUCUCCCAAACAAGAAAAUGUUCGCCCCAGAAAAACUCCUAUUAGAGCAGAACAUCACGACAAAGCUUAUUAUAACUAAGAUUGUCAAGAGCUAUAAGAAUAAGGCUAUUGAUUAUGAAGUUCAUCAGAAGCGAGCUCUUUCAGUAAAUUCAAAUAGACGUGCAAAAGCAAAAUGGAAGCCUACCUCUAAGAUAGAACCUCCUGAGCAUGUCCCAAUAGUUAUGCCUAUUGAAUACGACACUUCUGCCAAUAUGACUAUCAAACAGAGGUUAUGGGCAGUACUCGAGAAGCACCUUGAGGAAUCUAAGGCUAGGAUAAUAGUAAAGCCGCCAAAUUGUUGACUCAAACCGUUUAAUUCCUCUCUCAGCACUUUGUACCUCUCCAGAGAGUCUCAGGCAAGAAUUCUCUGUGCAAAGCACGAGAAUGAGGAAUUGGACAACCUCAAGGAAACAAGAAAUCGCCUAGUGAAAAUGAUAAAUGAAAAGAAAAAGAAGAAAUUACUAAUAAAGAUCAAGAAGGAAUACUCACAAAUGGUUAUCCAACAGGAGAAUGAAGAUGGAGCUCUCAAGGAGUUCCAGAAAGUUAGCAUUGAAGAUACUGAGAACUAUAUCAGCUCACUACAAACUCUCAAGGAUGUACUGAAAGUCACUCAAGAGAUUGAGACUAACCAUAAUUUACACAAAAAGGCUGGUCAACGUAAUGACAAAUUAAUUGAUUCACUUGAUAAAAAUGGUGUGAUCCUCAACGAAAGCCUUCAGAAUGUCAUCACAAAAAUAGACCAAAUUGACCAAGAAAAAGAGGAAAAGUCUCAAUCUCUUCACAAUAAAGUAGAUGUAAAGACAAAAAUCAAGGAGUCAUGUCAAUCUGUAGAUGACAAGGUAACUGACUGUGCAGAGAAAUCAAGAGAAAUCUUGGAGAAUCUCACUCUUGAUCAUAUAAAAAUGAUCCGCCACAAGUUUGUGUUGAGAAAGAAAAUCUACAGCACAGAAUGCACUAUUUCCGCAAUGAAAGGAGAAGAGAAGAGCUUAGAAGUGACUCUGGGGCUUGAAGGCUCAUCCUCAAGUGAAGGCAUGCUCCUUAGCUUUACACUUAUAGGUGUAUAUCAAUUAAACUGUGAUAGAAUUCUAGAUAAAACAACCUUAUUAUGAUACCUUAACAAAAGACUCGGGGUCAUAAAGAAGUCCUAUUCUAUGAUCUGUGAUUCUCUAGAUAACACAAGAAGGAGCUACAUCGACUCUUUGAGACGCAACACUGUGAAAGUCCCAGAAGAACAAGCUGAGAGGUACCAUAAUUUGAAGGAUAAACAGGAAAGAAGAGUCAUCAAUUUAAUGCAUAAUAAUAAGGGGUUUCAGAAGGAAAUAGCUCAGCUAGAGACCUCCCUGACUGAUAAAGAGAAUGAAAAAGAGUUUCUUCUCAGUGAAUUCAAGGCUUUUGAACACGAAGUGAAAUGCCUCUCAGGUGACAACAAUUUCAAAUUCGAUGAGUUGCACGAAAUGUUCGAGGCCAAAGCAAGAAAGGUUCAACGUAACAGAGAUAAGCUUAGGGACCUCACACUUUUGACGAUAGACAUUAACGAAAAUAUUUUUGCCAUGUUUAAAAAGUCUAAACUCCUUGAAGCCCAGAUAUUAAUGCUAAAUGAAGAUACCACUGCGAAAGAAAAGGAGAAAUAUUCUACAGAGCUAAGAUCUCUGCUUCAAAACCUUGAAGAGAGAAGAUAUCAAGGAAAUUAUUUCAAUAGUUUUCAGAUAAAAAUUGAGAAGUUACAGAAGAAGAAAAUGGCUCUUCAUUCGUGAUUAAAGGAAAUUAAUAAUCAGGUCACCCAAGCCCAGAAUGAAGUGUAUUAUCAAUCAAUGAUGAGAGCUCCAAGGACUCCUAGAUCUGAAGAAAGAUAUAAUAGCAAAGUUUCAAGGAGUUUUAUGGGUGAAACAAGUUCUAACUCAUGUACACAGUUGAAUCAUAGUCCGACAUACUCUACUCUGUCUUAUAAAUGCAAGCAGUUUAUAGUGAUUAAUCCUUCCCAGCUGGAAUUAAGAAACCUUAUCUCUAGAUCACUCCGACAUAAAAUCAAGAGGUUGGAGAAUUCCUUCUUUAAGCUAAGAGAUAAAGUGUUCAAGUUCUUGAGAGAUGAUGAAGGAAAUACUUAUAUACAGCUUGAUAAGGACUGACUAAACUUUGAUGUACAAGAGUCACAUUCUACCUAUACAUGGGCAUCUACUGAGAACAUCAUUCCUGUUCAUAGAUUUAUUAAAGAUUGCAAAAAGAAGAGGAAGAGAAGAAGUAGGAAGGUUACAAGGCCUAUUUCUCCAAGACACGACUGUCUUGAUCUCAGUUCGAACACUUAUGUUUAAUUCCAUUUUACCAAUUUGCCAAUA